AUGCAGCAGCCCUUUGAGAACACCAGGAGCGAGUCGACCCGCCAAAGUGUCCAUCACCACUACUCUGGCGCUGCCCGGCCAUGCGCCACCAUCGGCAUCGUUCGGCUGGUCCAGAUGGUUCUUUCCAGCAUGGUCAUCAUGAUGCGCCCUGCCGUCCUCGACUCCAUGUCAACAGGGGAGGCUGAUCAUGGCGACUGGACCAUGCUUUUCGGUAUCGCCGCCAUCUGCUACGCCAAAUUAUGCUACCACAGCCCAUUCGGACCCCAAAUGGCCUGUCUGGACUUGCUAUGCGCGUGCUUUUGGUAUCUCAUACUCGCCACUUUUCGCGAAUACCACGUCGUGGAAUCCUGGGCCGUGAAUGCGCCCCUCGCUCUGUCGAUUCAAGCCAGUCGCUUCUCAGCUCUACUCUAG